AUGGCUGGUGAUGAUGAUUCGGGCCCCCCCUCUCCUCCCCCUCCUCCAAACACUCCCACCUAUCAUCCUGCUUUUGCUGUCCCAAACAUCAAGAAUCAUAUUUGUGUUACCCUCGAUAACGAGGAUGCUCAGUAUGCGACUUGGGUUGAGCUUUUUCAAAUCACGGCCGUUGCUUUUAAUGUUUUAGAUCACAUUGACGCUAAAACCCCUCGACCGAAAGAGAUCGACGAUGCAACAUGGAAUAGGUUGGAUGCUAUUGUGAAAAAUUGGAUUUAUGGGACAAUUUCCAAGGAUCUUUUUGCAAAAACAAAACUCGAAAACUUUGCUAAUAUGUCUGAUUAUUGUAAGCAACUCAAACUUCUUGCGGAUCAACUCGCUAAUGUUGAUUGUCCCGUCUCCGAUCGUAAAAUGGUUAUGCAACUUAUAGCGGGUCUCACCAUGGGCGAGUAUGAUACCGUCGCUGCCAUUGUAUCUCAAUCCGAACCCACCCCUACCUUUAACAAGGCUCGGUGCAUGUUUAUUUUGGAAGAAACUCGCCAAAACAAGCAGUCCGAAGCGGGUCAGCAUGCUCUAGUGGCUCAGUCCUCACCAAUGCCAGCGUCUCAGUCGUCGGCCCCUUCUCCGGCGUCGCAAUCAACGACCGACCAGCAGGGAGGCAUUGGACGAGGAAGGGGUAAAGGCCGCAACACCAGCUCCAAAGGGAAAGGAAGAGGUAAGGGCCGCGGAAGCAAUUCUAGCAACAAUAAUCAACAUCAACAAUCUGGGCCCAAUCAUAACUCGGCCCAGCAGGCCCCUCAGUGGGGUAACCAGCAAGGUUGGGCGCCCCCUCAACAAGGCCAGUGGGCUUCUCCCCCAUGCCCAUAUCCCACUGGCCCAACGAACUCUCCAUUCCCUUACCGUGGAUAG